UUUCUUUCUUUGUCUUUCUCUCUAUCUCUCUCUAUCUCUCUUGUUACAAUGGCAGAAAACUUGCCGUACGAGAUUCUCGCCCUCAUUGCAAUCCAUGUCAAAAGAGACAGCGGAUUUACUUGUGCCCUAGUCUGUAAACAUUGGACAGAACCCUUUUUAAACGCAUACUGGAACUACCUGAGUGUUGAUAAACGCAUCAUAAAACAAAUUUGCAGUAAAUCCAACCUGAAUAAUGUCUAUCUCAAAAAUGCACAGCGUGUACGGAAAUUACACUUUGAAUAUCUAUCGAUAGAUGACAUCGAUUCUUUUUCGGAGUUGCAGCAAGUUUACCAGAGCAUAAAGCGCCUUGAAUACUUUGAAUCAUAUAAAAACAAGCAGAUUUUUGAAAUAAUUGAUUGGAACCUUUGGAAGCCGUUAUCACAUUUGAAAAUAAGCUUCGAGUAUAAAACCCCUGACACGUUGAAAGACCUUUUUACAAAGUUGUCGGUAUUGCCUUGUCUUACUCAUUUUACACUCAAGUCAACCUUGGAUUCCUGGGAUGAGAAAAAAAUUCUUGCUGUUUCAUGGUCGCAUAUUGAAUCACUUCACCUUCAUUUGUCACGGCUGGAGUAUCUAGACGUUGACUUUAUGCUUGCAUCGAUACCAAAGGAUGACAUGGAACUAAUAAAGAAAGUUACUCCAGCACACACUGUCACAAAUAUCCGCUAUAAUGAUUACAUUGAUGCUCCCAGGAUAUUUUACUUUGCACUCAAGUACCCAAAUCUACGCAGUAUUGAAUUUGGAAAAGAUGCUAAAGCGAAACCAAGACAUUCAAAUGAUUACGAUCAACAACAAUAUCUAAAAGACAUCCGAUUACUAUCAACUCUUGACCAGUUCUUUCCUUGCUUAAAAAAUGUACAUACAUACCCAGAAGCUUACAAUAGGUGGCCAUUCUCUAUAUUCUGCGACACUCUGCAACAUUUUGGAGUAAAUACGGAGUGUGUCAAAUUUCACCUUUACACAAGUAAUCGAGUCUCAUUGAAUGCCCUCAGCAAGUGCUUGAAACCGAUCGCCGAAUCAUUGAGGAUUUCAUGGCAGCAUAUCUUUUUUGCUGAAGAUACUGAGUCAAUUACAGAUCACUUCAUUUUAUACCCAAACCUAGUUGAAUUACACAUGGACACGCAUUGUCAGAUUGAAAUAGACGUUAUUCUCAAUAAAUGUCCAGUAUUACGAUUACUGGAUAUAAAAAACUCCAGAAUACGUCUGUCCGGCCAACCACAAUAUGUCCACAAUGACAGCCUACACCCUUUGCAAAAAGUGGAAAUUAAAAGCGCUAAAACAAGUACACUCAUCCUAGAAUACAUAUCCUUCCAUUGUAGACAGCUCAAGUUCAUGAAACUAGAUCAAGUUUGGUUCAAUGCAUAUGAUAUGGGGGAAAAUGGACAGCUACUUCUUGAUAUCGGUUUCUCACAAUUGAAAACACUCAUACUUUACAAUAUCAGAUCAGGCGUUGACAUUGUCAGUCAUUGUGUUAUUGAGCAGAUGGGCAAUACCAAUCGCAAUCUAUCGUAUCCAGACUAUAAUGAACAGCCAGUUCGGUCAAAUUGGUAUUACAUAUGCUUAGACGAAUCAAAGCAAAGAAAAAUAGCGUUGGCAUGGGAGCUUGAGAAAUCCGAUGUUGAAUUUGCUAAAAAAUACUGCAAAGACUUUGUACGCAGAAAAAAUCACGACAGAAAACACAAAUCCAUGGAACAUAAUUAUUGUAACCGUGCACCCAAAAAACUUUGGAAAAAGGAUCUUCAGUAUGGCGUCUUUGUUGUUCGAUCAGGAUCUGUUGAAAACUACUUUCUUGAUAGUAAAAGAGUAUAGUAAAGGAAAAGAUUGAAGUCUAUUAUUAUUGUGUCCUCAACAGACUUGUAAAUAAUACUAUACUAAAUCUGCUCACGGAUUGGAAUAAAUACCUAAUAAAUUCUCAGUUU